AUGACCAAAGCUGCCAGACAUGGCCGCAGCCGUUCCACAACAAAUACGGACCUGGUGGGUAUUGAAGGACGCCGGAGCACGGAGCCAACACACAGCGGAGUCGAUCCGCACCCAUUCCGAAGCAUCAGUGUGUUGCUGCUUCUGCUCACACUCUACCACAGCCCUGCUGAUGCUGUCAGCUUGAAGGAAAAUCUGGCUGAUUGUCUGAAUGAUAAAGACUAUGAUAAACUGCUGAAGACUGUGAAGACUGGCCUCCCACACAUAAAUACAUCUCAUCAUGUUGUUAUUGUGGGAGCUGGCAUGGCUGGACUGACCGCUGCCAAACUACUGCAAGAUGCAGGACACAAGGUAACCAUAAUAGAGUCUAGUGGUCGUGUUGGAGGACGGGUGGAGACCUACAGGAAUGAAGAAGAGGGCUGGUAUGCUGAACUGGGAGCCAUGAGGAUCCCAAGUACUCACCAAAUCGUCGGUUGGUUUGCUAAAGAGCUAAAGGUCAAGCUGAAUGAAUUCAUCAUGUAUGACCCCAACACCUUUUACUUGGUUAAUGGGUUGUUGAAGAAGACGUACACAGUGCAAAAUGACUCUGACGUUCUGAAGUACAACGUGCGGCCAAGUGAGAAAGGGAAGUCAGCCGACAAACUGCUACAAAAAGCUUUGCAGAAGGUGAAAGAUUACGUGCAGACUAAUGGCUGCAAGGCUGCGCUGAAAAAAUAUGACCACUACUCUGUGAAGGAGUAUCUGAAAGAAGAAGGAGAUCUGAGUUUGGAAGCAAUAAGGAUGAUUGGAGACAUUCUUAACGAAAAGAGCCUCAUGUACACGGCGCUGACUGAGAUGAUCUAUGACCAGACUGACAUCACUGACGAUGUUAAGUACAAGGAAGUGACUGGUGGAUCAGACCUUCUCCCAAAAGCUUUACUUAAUGUCCUGGAUGUUCCUAUCCUCCUCAACUCCAAGGUCAAACGCAUCAGCCAAUCAAAUAAAGGUGUAAUAGUAUCAUACCAGACAGGACAACAGUCUUCUUUUACUAGCCUUUCAGCUGAUGUUGUCCUGGUAACAACCACAGCCAAAGCAGCCCUCUUCAUUGACUUUGAACCACCUCUCUCCAUCAGAAAGAUGGAGGCACUGAGGGGAGUCCACUAUGACAGUUCUACUAGAAUCACUCUAACCUUCAGCGAGAAGUUCUGGGAGAAGGAUUACAUCAGAGGAGGAAAGAGCAUCACCGACCGGCCCUCUCGUUUCAUUUACUACCCCAGCCAUAGUUUCCCAACCAAUAAGACCAUUGGUGUCCUCCUGGCCUCCUACACCUGGUCUGAUGAUUCCCUCCUCUUCUUAGGUGCGAGCGAUGAAGACCUGAAAGAGCUGCUUCUGAGAGAUUUGGCGAAGAUCCACGGUGAGAGGGUCAAAUCUCUCUGCACAGGGGUGGUGGUGAAGAGGUGGAGCGCAGAUCCUCACAGCUUGGGUGCCUUUGCUCUCUUCACACCCUAUCAACAUGUAGAGUACGCUAAAAAUCUCUUCAGAAGUGAAGGCAGGGUGCACUUUGCAGGUGAACACACAGCUUUUCCUCACGCUUGGAUCGAGACAGCUAUGAAAUCUGCGAUCAGGGCUGCUACCAACAUUAACAAAGAGUCAGCUAGAAUGCAACACCAUGAUGAGCUCUAG